AUGACUGCGUCAAAGCUGAAGAUCAAUGUCAGUAUUGUCAAAUAUGUCAAGAAAUUGCUAUGGACCAUUCCCUACGAAGAGAGUUGUCUCCUUUCAUUUCCCAAUAAAGCAGCAAUGAUUAGAGAAAUAAAUGAAGAAAGUCGGCAUGUUGUGGCGAAGAGUCCAGGUGAGGAGGAAACAUUUACUCUGGAACAACCUACAAUUAUUGCGCAGUCAGAAAUCCAGGAUUUAAAAAUCUCCACCGAUCAACUAGUUCCUAUUCCGCUAUACCACCCACUUCAGCAAGAACCAACAACCGUUCUUGAAGAGUUGUACAGGUUUAGAGACGCUAACUUUGAAAAGCAUAAAAAGUAUUCAAUAUUAUGUGCAGUAGGAAUUCCAUUGACGCUACCAGUAGUGUUGGUGCCUAUUGUGCCCAAUGUACCUGGAAUUUAUCUAACUUAUCGGUUGUACUGCAAUGUGAAGGCUUUGUUCAGUAUAAAGAACAUGGACUACUUGUUGGAGAAAAAACAGGGCGACAAGGAUGAAUUGCUUGAUGCUAAAGCGGUUCAUGACACAACGCAUUUGAGACUUGAACCGGUGAGCCAGAUUGAUCAAAUAUACUCGAAACACGUUUCACAAGAUCUUUUGGUGCAGUUGAACAAAAGUGGAGAGGAGGAAGAAGUGGUGAUUUCAGAGCCGGUUAUCGAUGACUUAGCAGAGAAGUUGGCUUUGGAUAACCAUGUAAAAGAAGCUUUAAUGAAGGCAUUAGAUCAAGAAACAAAGAGGUUGAAGAGAGAAGUAAAGAUUGUUACAGAAAUGGCUGGUGUAAUGGAAAAUGCUAGAAAGCAAAUCCAGCGCCUUUCUCUAGAUGAUGCGAAGGAAGGGCAAUAUGGUUCGAUUUAUUCAGUUUCUGGGCCGGUUGUGGUUGCGGAAAACAUGAUUGGAUGUGCCAUGUACGAAUUGGUUAAAGUUGGACACGACAAUUUAGUUGGUGAGGUUAUUCGAAUCAACGGAGACAAGGCCACAAUUCAAGUUUAUGAAGAAACUGCAGGUGUUACAGUAGGUGAUCCUGUCUUAAGAACGGGUGCUCCAUUGAGUGCUGAGUUGGGUCCCGGUUUGUUAAACACGAUUUAUGAUGGUAUUCAAAGACCGUUAAAGGAGAUUAAGGAAGAGACUAAUUCUAUUUAUAUUCCUAGAGGAAUCGAUGUUCCUGCGUUAUCUAAGACAGUCCAAUACGACUUCAAACCAGGCCAAUUGAAAGUGGGUGAUCAUAUUACUGGUGGCGAUAUAUUCGGCUCUGUUUUUGAAAAUUCCUUAUUGGACGAUCACAAGAUUUUGUUGCCACCAAGAGCAAGAGGUACUAUUACCUCAAUUGCCGAAGCAGGCUCUUAUAAUGUCGAGGACACUGUUUUGGAAUUGGAAUUUGACGGUAAGAAACACAAAUACUCAAUGAUGCACACAUGGCCCGUGAGAGUUCCAAGACCCGUUGCCGAAAAGUUAUCAGCUGAUUACCCAUUAUUGACAGGUCAAAGAGUUUUGGAUUCUUUAUUCCCUUGUGUUCAAGGAGGUACUACCUGUAUCCCAGGUGCUUUCGGGUGUGGUAAAACUGUCAUUUCACAAUCCUUAUCCAAGUACUCCAACUCAGAUGUUAUUAUUUACGUUGGUUGUUUCACCAAGGGAACACCCGUCAUGAUGGCAAAUGGUAAAGACCAAGCCAUUGAGGACAUAAAAGUAAACGACUUGGUUAUGGGUAAAGAUGGUAAACCUAGAACUGUUGUGGGUUUGCCUAGAGGCUACGAUGACAUGUACAAUGUUUGUCAAGUCAAAAACGGCGGAAACCACGCUUUGGUGGACUUUGUUGUUUCUGCUGACCACAAGCUUGUUUUAAGAACAAAACAGAAUGUUGGCAUUACUACUCGUACCACUGCAAGUGGAAAAUAUUCUGCUGUUACUUUCUUUGCCUUGGAAAGAACCAAUUCGAAUACUAAAGUGGUUAAAUCUAAAACUAAGGUUUUUGCACACCAUGUUCAUGGGCAAAGUGCUGCUGGGGAGAAAGCUGCCAGCUUUGCAGCUGAAGUUGAUGAAUCACAAGUCUUUGACUGGGUUGUAGAGGCAAGGGAUUAUGAAUUAAUUGAUCCAAGAAUCAAAGAGCACACUACACAAAUGAUCAACCCUGUUUUCUUUGAGUCUGGUGAACUUGCCAAAUGGAGUCAAAAAAACAAUUGUCUGGCUACAGAGUUGGCUUAUUUGUUGGGUGCAUGGGUAGGAAAUGAAAAAGAAGAACAAGACAAAGAAAAAGAAAAAGUAAAAGAUGUUGCAUCUGUGUGUGCACAUGCAGAUGAACCAGAACAAGCUGAAAUUUCCAGCCAUUUCGAGAGUGACGUAGAAAGUGUUUCUGAACUGAUUUUUGAAGAAGCAAUUACUGAUAUAGACCUGGUACAUGAAGCCAGCUUCAUAGACGCUGAAACGAAAACCGUUACCAACAACAACAAUAACAACUGUGAGGCCUUUUGGAAUGCUAUUAAAUGUUUUGGGUUCAGAAAAGAGACUGAAUGUGGAUUUGAAAAAGUUGUCCCUUCACAAUUAGCUGUUGAUGACAUUGCUAUCAGAGAAUUCUUUUUGGCUGGUUUACUUGACGCUAACGGCAAAGUUGAUGGAAGUAGCACCGCAACCCUUUCCACAAAUUACCAAUCCGUUUGCGACGGUGUGGUCAAAGUUGCCCGUUCUUUGGGUAUUGAAAUCACUGUUAACAAGAUUGAGUCCAUAUAUAACGUCCACUUAAAUGGUCAAGUAUUGAGCAAUAUUUUUGCCAAAUGUGCAAUUGAAAGCAAACGCGUUGAAGCAACCUCCUGUUCUUCUUCUUCUUCUUCUUCUUUUUCUCCAACACCUGUCCCAUUUUACUUUGAUUUGAUUAAGAAAGAAAAAGAAGAUUAUUAUGGUAUUACCCUUGAUGAGUCAUCAGAUCAUUUAUUCUUACUUUCCAACAUGGCAUUGGUUCACAAUUGUGGUGAAAGAGGAAAUGAAAUGGCCGAAGUUUUAAUGGAAUUUCCUGAAUUAUACACUGAAAUAAAUGGAAGAAAAGAACCUAUUAUGAAGCGUACCACAUUGGUUGCAAAUACAUCGAACAUGCCUGUGGCAGCAAGAGAAGCAUCCAUUUACACUGGUAUUACAUUAGCAGAAUAUUUCAGAGACCAAGGAAAGAAUGUUUCCAUGAUUGCCGAUUCUUCGUCACGUUGGGCUGAAGCUUUAAGAGAAAUCUCUGGAAGAUUGGGUGAAAUGCCUGCUGAUCAAGGUUUCCCGGCUUACUUGGGAGCAAAAUUGGCAUCGUUCUAUGAAAGAGCUGGUAAAGCCACCGCAUUGGGUUCUCCAGAUAGAAUCGGGUCUGUAUCUGUUGUCGCUGCGGUUUCGCCUGCUGGUGGUGAUUUCUCUGAUCCAGUUACAACUGCCACAUUAGGUAUCACGCAAGUGUUUUGGGGUUUGGAUAAAAAAUUAGCACAAAGAAAACAUUUCCCAUCUAUCAACACAGCUGUUUCAUAUUCAAAGUACACCAACAUUUUAAACAAGUACUACGAUUCAAACUUUCCAGAAUUUCCUCAAUUGAGAAACAAAAUGAAGGAAAUCUUGUCCAAUGCAGAAGAGUUGGAACAAGUUGUUCAAUUAGUUGGUAAGUCUGCAUUGAGUGAUUCUGAUAAGAUUACUUUGGAUGUAGCAACGUUGAUCAAGGAAGACUUUUUACAACAAAACGGAUAUUCCACAUAUGAUGCAUUUUGCCCAAUUUGGAAAACAUUUGACAUGAUGAGAGCUUUUAUUGCAUAUCAUGAUGAAGCACAAAAGGCUGUUGCCAAUGGUGCUCAGUGGUCUAAAUUAUCAGAAAUCACGAGUGACGUAAAGCAUGCUGUUUCAUCGGCUAAAUUCUUUGAACCUACAAGAGGCGAAGAGGAAGGACAAAAGGAGUUCAGUGAGUUGUUAACCACUAUCUCCGAGAAAUUCGCCGAAGCCAUUGAGUAG